CAGACCUAAUACAUGCGGAAGUGAAUGGUGUUUGGAGAUAAUUAACAUGAACUGUGUCUGUUCUCUUUAAUGUAUUAUUUUGUCUGGUAUUAACGUGUUCCUGUGAAAUACCGUUCUCUUACCAAUUUGUUGUUAUCUAAUCACUUGUGUUAGAAGCUGUCGGCUAGCACUGCUUGGUGCACAUGCAGUCUUUAGUGCCCGGCUUUCAUGUUUUAUAAAAAAAACAUUUUUUAUUUCCAUAGUAUAGGAAUGUUAUCUGUUUUACAAAAUUAAGACGACGCUCGAGCAGUCGAACAUGCAGUUAGAACAGAGAUACAUACUAUUGUGAGUGUUAUUUCUAGUAUCAACAGUGCCAAAAUACAGGAAUAUCAAAGUAAGUUGGCUAAGAAGGACAAAGAAAACGAAACGCUGAAACGAAAAGUUACAACCGCAGAACGUGAGGUCACAGCAUUGCGAAGCUCCUUUGAAUUUUCUGGAAAUGAAUGUCAUCAAGUCAGGUCAAGCAAGCACUUAUGCACUUUCACCAGAAAUGCAAAGAGGGAAACCAAUUUGCAAUGAAAACGAGGUGUCAAGCAAAGCUGAGUGGAGAAUAGAUUUCCCCUGUCUCGGUGGAAGGACUCCUCCACAGGUUUUUUUCCCAGUGCAAAGACACAUCUCUUCCCACUGGGGCAUCAACUAUUUAUAUGUCCCAUCACCAGAACCCUACUUCCCAUUCUGCAGAAGAAUCUGGGUUUUUAGCAGAGCUAACCAGAGGCCAGUCCCCAUCAACCAGUCCAGUCAUCAGACCAGUGAUAAAAGAGGAGCCCUCUGACAUUGAGACAUUCUACAUUAAAUGGGAGAUGAGUGAGGAGGGCAUUGGGGAGGAACGGGAGGGCCUAGGCCUGAUACACAUCCUGGGAAAAGAGUACGAAGCCCAGCAGACGGGUGGAACUCCAACCAGGCAAGGGGCGGAACUCACCCUGUUGCUGGUAGCCAGAGUGGACAUGAGUAUGGGGAGAGACCGACCAGGCAUCUGAAAAGGAGGCUGUCAAGCGCAGAGACACAGAGGAGGUUCAGAGAGAGAGAGAGUCCAUGCUGACCCUGAGAAGUUCCGGGCCUACAAGGAGAAGGAACGACGCAGGAAAAUAUGUUACUAUACCUUUCACUACCACAGUCUGGGUGUCCACCUUCAAUAUAGUCUUGAUGAGAAUAUUGACGUUAACUUGAAUUAAAUUCAUCUUAAUUCCAUUGUCCUACAUGGACACAUUCAUUUCAGACAUUUGAAUGCAGAGCAUGCAAUAUGUUUAUCUUUGAUCAUGUGUAUGUGCAUUUGUUGAAGAAUCUGUGUUCAUACUCACACCUUUUUUUUCAGGAAUCAGCAGAGGAAAGUGUCUAUCAGAUUUACCUGAAGAGAGAAGCAUCCAGAUGCUGUCGUGCCUGCAAAUGUCCUUUUUCCCAACGAAAAAAUGAUUUCUGUAUCAUAUUGUAAUGAUCCAGUUAUUCAAUGAAUUGCUUCGGGCUGUUAAUGUUCUAUGUUUUUUUUAUUUGGAAAUGUCGGUAAAUUAAUUCACAUUGUACACCAUUUGCUUUUGUUCACUGAUUUACCACUAGACGGUGCUGUGAUUGAGCCACCCCAAACACAUUUGACACGUGACGCGCGCGAUUGGCGCGGCGGAAGUGAACUGCGAGGUCUCAAUGCAGGGACUCCUGGGCUUUCAGCAGAGCGAGCCAGAGGCCAGUCCCCAUCAGCCAUUCCAGUCACCAGCCCAGUGAUAAAAGAGGAGCCUGCUGACACUGGGUCCUUCUACAUCAAAUGGGAGAUGAGUGAGGAGAGUAUUGCAGAACAACAGGAGGGCUUAGGCCCGAUGCACGUCUUGGGGAAAGAGUCUGAUGGAACGUCUUCUGUUGCUGGUAGCCAGAGUCCAGGCGAUAGACGUUCAGAACAGUCUGAGGAGACAUUGACAGAGCAUGUGAAAAGGAGGCUGUCAAGCGCAGAGACACAGCGGCAAUACAGAGAGAGAAUCCGUGCUGACCCUGAGAAGUUGCGGGCCUACAAGGAGAGGGCAAAAUGCCGGGAGGAGGAGGAGGAUGAUGAUGAGGAUUGGAUCAGCAACUUUCAUGUCCCUUGGCAGCAGACGCCUGAAAGCCUCAGGCGAGCCAUUGCAGAGGGACGAAGAGUCGAGGCGGCAGAUAGGCGUCUGAUGGUGAGGAUCACCGUUGAUGCAAUGCGUGUACACUGCCUCAACCCCAACAAGAAAGUAUGUGCAGAAAUAGCCAAAGCCAUAGUUGCAGAAUAUCCAGAGAGCUUUGCAGACCUGUCAAAAGAAGGGGAACUGCUUAGCAGAAGGUACUCCUCCUUGCUCACCCAAAUAAAGACAAGAGUGGAGCAUGUGAACCGGAACACUGAAAAUAGAAUACGCAGACCCAAGACGAGCAAAAAAGGGGAACAUAGCAACAGACAAGCCAAAACAGCAAGAACAAAAGUGGACAGUUAUGGGUGCAUCAACUGGCACCCACAGGAUCUUCCGGAAGGAGAGACUCCUGAGUCCCUGGAAAACAAGAGACAGAUUAUGGCCACCAUUUUCAACAGUGCAGGCCCCAGAGGUGUGGACAGGGGAGAUGUGGAUGAAUUAAUGAGGCUUACGUACAUUAACCAACGCCACAUGAUCAAUGCAUGGCCAGCCCCAAGCAUCGGUGACGUCAAGGAACAAUGGCCUUUUCUUUUUACCAAGAGAUGGCUCUGUGCCCACUUCCACAUGCUCACUGGAGUUGAGAUCAACAGCUGCCUCAGUGGCGCUCUGCUGAGCAAGGGACAGACCAUUGUCAAUUUCUUCCGAAGUCAGAAACCCAACUGGAGGAGAAGCAUCCAAAGUCUCCUCAAUGACAUUGAAGGUGACCUCAAUGGAAACAACAAGGACCUCACAGCCUGUGCUGCCAUUCUUCUGGUGCUGUCCCACUUCAGAGAGAAAGAGGACUCUCUCUUCCUCUUGGCUGAUGUGAAUGACACCCAGAUGGAUGUAGAGGUUCAGUUGCAUUUGCCGGCCACUCCAAGACUUAUCAUGCUUGGGAGUUCCCUGCUGGCCUCAUCUAAAUGGAUGGUGUCACUCGAGGGGAGAGUGGUCUGUGUUUUGGAAAAUCAGUCCGACUUUGCUGCUGCCCUCUCUGUGCUCUUCGGCUGUUUCUACGUGUUCAAUACAGAGUACCAGGAGGCAGCCUCAGCAACACUGGAGCUUAUUCAGAGGUUUCUAGUAGGGAUCAACCCAAAUGAAGGAACCAAAUGCUCUUCAUACCUUGAUUCAGAAGCCGGGGUGAGCCGCAGGACUGGAAGAGUUGUGCAAAGGAAGACCGAUGCAGUUGCCACCUUCCUCAAAGACCUGACUGAAUUUGAAUGGUAGAAACAGUUUCAUAGAUGCAUUACAUUACAUUUACAUUUACAUUUAAGUCAUUUAGCAGACGCUCUUAUCCAGAGCGACUUACAAAUUGGUGCAUUCACCUUAUGACAUCGAGUGGAACAGCCACUUUACAAUAGUGCAUCUAAAUCUUUUAAGGGGGGGGGGGUGAGAAGGAUUACUUUAUCCUAUCCUAGGUAUUCCUUAAAGAGGUGGGGUUUCAGGUGUCUCCGGAAG